UCUAUUGUAAAGUACAAAUCAAGUUUUAUUUAAAAUGACUGGUCGCGGUAAGGGAGGAAAAGGAUUGGGUAAAGGAGGUGCCAAACGUCAUCGUAAAGUGUUACGAGAUAACAUCCAGGGUAUUACGAAGCCAGCUAUUCGUCGUUUAGCACGACGUGGUGGAGUCAAGCGGAUCUCUGGUCUAAUUUAUGAAGAAACUCGAGGUGUUUUGAAAGUGUUUCUCGAAAACGUUAUCCGUGAUGCAGUCACAUACACCGAACAUGCUAAAAGGAAGACUGUCACGGCUAUGGAUGUAGUCUAUGCCUUGAAGCGUCAGGGACGUACAUUGUACGGAUUUGGAGGUUAAGUCAGUUACUCCUAACUAAAACCAACGGCCCUUUUCAGGGCCA